UUUUUCUUAUUCAUCUGUACUUCACUGCUUCUUCUUCUUAUUUUCCAGGGCUUUGAAGCAGAUCCAUUGAUGGACAGACACAGAGAUCGCGGAGAACGGUUCAACGAUCACCCGCCCUUAAACCCUACUCCUUGGUUUCCCAAUGCUCCAAGACCUAAUUUCCCCCCCGACUACCACCACCAGCACCACUAUCAUCAUUACAACAACCGGCCUCCCCACCAGCAAUUCGAUUACCGGCCUCCCCACCAGCAAUUCGAUCACCGGCCUCCCCGCCAGCAAUUCGAUCACCGGCCUCCCCACCAGCAAUUCGAUCACCGGCCUCCCCACCAUCAAUUCGAUCAACGGCCCACCCAGCAGCAGUUCGAACACCGGCCUAGCCAGCAGCGAUUCGAGCACCGGCCUAGCCAGCAGCCAUUCGAACAGCGGCCUAUCCAGCAGCAAUUUGAGAACCCUCCGAACAAUCAACACCACUUUGAACGCGUCCCGGAGCAGCAUCAACCACCGAACAGUGAACAAAACGACAGGUUCCGGUCCAACGGUGGCAACGGUCCCAAUUCCGGUCGAAAGAGAGGGUUUCACGAUUCUGGUCGAGGAGCCUCUCCAGAGCAUAAAGAUGGAAGCAAUAUACCAAAACUUUAUGUAGCAACGGUUCCGAAAAAUGCUACUGAAGAAUCUAUCCGCAUCCUGUUUCAAGAACAUGGAAAUGUUGUUGAGGUCAUUCAACCAAAGGAUAAGAAAACUGGUGAACUACACGGAUAUUGUUUUGUGAAAUAUGCAAUGGUUGAGGAAGCUGAGAGAGCAAUUGCAGCUUUAAACAAUUGCUAUAUGUUUCCUGGGGAAUCGACUACCAUCAAAGUCAGAUAUGCUGAUGCUGAACGAGACCGCGUUGGGCUACUUCCAGAUAAAUUAUACGUGUGCUGCCUAAAUAAACAAGCUUCUAGAAGGGAGGUUGAAGAAAUAUUUUCUCCGUAUGGCCAUGUUAUAGACAUCUACAUUGUACGUGGCGAGCACGGGGAAAUGCGUGGAUGCGGAUUUGUCCAAUUUUCUCACAGAGAAAUGGCUCAGGCAGCUAUCAGAGGAUUAAGUGGAAUUUUCACUAUGAAGGGUUGUGACCAGCCAUUGAUUGUUCGAUUUGCAAAUCCAAAGAGACCUCGGAAUGGGGAACCAAGGGGCAAUUAUGCUUUUAAUAGCAUAACUUCUGGAUCCCAUCCUCAAGAAUUUGCUAUGAGACCUGUGCCAAAUCUUGGUGACCCAAUGGGAGGACGUAUGCCACCCAACGCAUCAUAUCCAAUGCAACACAUUUCUACAAAUUCACAGCCACAGGGUCCUCAAGUUGCAGCAUAUCAUGGUACUUAUCAAUCAUAUCCUCCAGUUGAGCAAGCACACUCACAGCCUAUUUCACUGCCAUUGCAGCAAACAAAAACUCCACAGGAAUGUUCUCAAUCAUCUCACCCAGCUGUCUCUGAGCAGAAACAGUUGCCUCUUAUACCACCAUCAUCGCAGAUUCUAGCCCAGCAGGAUUCAAAUGUCCCCAAGCUAGAGUUUCCACAGACUGGAAGUAGCCAGUCAGUUGCUGCUACUUCAGUUGCGCAUGCAGUACCGCAAAGUCUUGAGACUUUGCCAGAGUGUGAUUGGAGUGAACACACCUGCCCUGAGGGGAACAAGUAUUACUAUAAUUGUGUCACUUGUGAAAGCAGAUGGAAUAAGCCAGAGGAAUUCUCAUUAUUCGAGAAACUGUUGCAGAAGCAGCAAAAUCCUGGUGGACAUAUUCAGUCUGACUCAACUGGUCUUGCAGACCAAGUUUCUCAAAAUCCAGAGGUGCAACUUCAGACCAGCCCAAUGCAUCAGAAACUCAAAGUUGAACAACCUUUUUCUACAUUGAUUUGCCAGGGAUUGGACCAUUUGGAAAUGAAGUCUGAAGCAAGUCCUGUUGUGGAUCCAACGUCUGUUUAACUGCUAUCAGGUGGGUUGUCCAUUUUCUGUAACCUCUCAUGCUAGGAACAAUUUGCUAUUGUGAUUUUGAUAGGAAACUCAGAUCAGGAACAAAUUAACUUUAACCAUUUCAGUUAUUCACUCUCAAAACCAGGAUGUGGGGAAAUUUAGUAAAGGACUGUAGUUGCAGCUUUGUAAAGAACGUUUUAGACUUAGGUGGAGGGAUGCCUGCUGUUA